CAGUGACGUCACGACACACAAUGGCAGCCAGUGGCACAGCUGUAACGGUUCUCACUCCAAAUGGGAGAAGAGAAACAGUCAAAGUGUCUCCAAACACACCGUUAUUACAGGUGCUGGAGGAUGUCUGCAAAAAGCACGGAUUUAACCCGGACGAUCACGGUUUGAAGUUUCAGAGGACUGUUAUUGACCUCACGGUGCCAUGGAGGUUUGCCAACCUCCCCAACAAUGCUAAACUGGAAAUGGUGACGAGCACAAGGAAACAGGCUGUAGCCGACAGCCAGGUGCGGAUUGCGCUUCAGAUGGAGGACGGCUCCCGGCUUCAGGGUUCCUUCUCUUGUGGACAGAGUCUGUGGGACCUGCUCACACAUUUCCCUCAGAUCAGCCUGUCAGAGCUGUCUGAGUCAGGAUCCACUCCUGUGUGUGUUUACAUGAGAGACGAGGUGAGUGGGGAUGAAGCACUAAAGAAGGCCACUCUGAAGUCUCUGGGUCUCACAGGAGGAAGUGCCAUUGUCAGGUUUUUACUCAAAAAGAACAAAACUCCUGCAGAGGAAGAUGGCAGAGCAGCCACGGAAACAACUGCUAUUCCAACCACUCCUGUUGCCAAGGAAACCUCACCUAGCUCGUCAUCUCAGCCCGACCCUGGUCCAUCACACCCACAGAUGUCAGCAGUAGACAUAGCAGUUAAAAAUUCAAGCCCUGAUAAGCCAGUGGAAACCCUACCUGCGUCAACUCCCGCCUCUGCCACAAGCACACUUCCCGUUCAACAGGAAGAGGUUCCAAACCCCCAGGAUGCAGUUCGGCCGAAGGUCCCCUCUGUCGAGAGAGGAGCGCCAGAGGAAGAUGGGGAGGAAGCAGGGCCAUCAGGACUAAGGUCUCAUCCAUCUUCCUCCUCCUCCUCCGCUCCCUCAGCACCAUUCAUUCCCUUCUCUGGAGGUGGUCAGCGCCUCGGGGGCCCAGGGGGAAGAGCAGUUGGACGCUCAGUAUCUUCAUCCUCGUCUCUUUCAGCCCUGACUACUGCAGUAGAAUCACCCAAAGCCAAGAAAGCCAAAUCCAGCCAUGGUUCUAACACCAAGCAUCAAGCCACCACCAAUCAGCCAGACGAGGACAUGGAUUAUGGGGAGGAGUUCUUGGAGCCAGUGGAAAGGGAGCCUCUCAUCUACCACCUGGACUCGAUGUCCCAUCAGUCUGAGAAGCACGGGGAUCUGCCCGAUGAGUUCUUUGAAAUAACAGUGGAUGAUGUGCGGAAGCGCUUCGCCCAGCUGAAGAGCGAGAGGAAGUUAUUGGAGGAGGCUCCACUGAUGACUAAAUCUUUAAGAGAGGCCCAGAUGAAAGAGAAAAUGGACAGAUAUCCCAAAGUGGUCCUGAGGGUCCAGUUUCCAGACAGACAUGUUCUACAAGGCUUCUUCAGGCCCCUGGAGACAGUUGGUACUGUCAGGCACUUUGUGAGGAGUCACUUGGAGGAUCCUCAGCUCAGUUUCUACCUGUUCAUCACACCCCCAAAAACCAUUCUGGACGACCCUACAGCUACACUUUUCCAGGCUGACUUGUUUCCCGGUGCGCUGGUGUACUUCGGCUGUGACAUUAAGACAGCUUUUUACAUAAAGAGGGAACUCCUUGAAUCCUCUGUCUCAGCCUUGCAAGCAAAUGAGUCCAUUGCAAGCUGCAUGCUCCGGUCCCCGACACCCUCCUCCAGCCCUGGGGGCUUGGAGGAGCCUCUGCCUCCUCCAGAGGAGACGGCAGACACCGGCGGGUCUACACGGGAUGAGCAAGACCUGUCUACACACACCCAGGCUGCUAACCCUACCAGAUCUGACCCGGGCAAGGUGCCCAAGUGGCUCAAGCUUCCAGGUAAGAAAUAAGACUGCGAGGACUGACCGCAACAGAAGUCUGACAAGCUCUGCCUUACAGACUGAAUAGAGCACUUAAAUCUUUGCUGCGCUUGGAAAAAGGCUCAACACUGUGACCGCAGUGGACUUCAUCCAUCAUGUAGGAUGCCCGUAGGUUUUCAGAUGGUCAAAAUAGUGAGCUAAAUGAAUACAUAGUGAAUAUUUAACUGCCAUGAAGAUUGAUGUGUUUCAUUCCGGUUGAUCUCUGGGAGGUGAGUGCGCUGAAGAGGCUGCUUUUAUUCAGUGGGUGAAAAUGCAUUGAAAAGUGAAUAAAGAUUGUUGUACUAAA